AAUAUUUUACUUUUAGGCAGUUUCCCAUCAGUCAGUCAUACACAUCCGAGCUGAGCUGAAGCUAACUAUGGCCAUGGACAGCACCAGGGGAUCUCAGAUCUGAUUGCACGCACCAAACCUCCAGGAGAGAGAGAUAUAUUUUUAAUUAUAUAUAUAAACACACACACGCACGCACACGCGUAGCUGGAGCCGCUGCCACCCGCUCGCCCGCCAAGCCGACACCUCGUCUCCGCUCGCAGGGCUCACGCGCUCGCACACAUCCCUCUUCGUCUCCUCCGGGCUUCCCGGAGGAUCGUGCCGGCUGUUUUUCAUGGAGAAAGUCCAGGGAGAGAUGGAGAUUGAGAGAUGGGAAAGAAGUGAGGAGAUCUCAGAUGCGGAGAAAAAGGUUAUUCAGGAGACGUGGAGCAGAGUAUACGCAAACUGCGAGGACAUCGGGGUCUCCAUACUCAUCAGGUUUUUUGUCAACUUCCCAUCAGCCAAGCAGUACUUCAGCCAGUUCAAGCAUAUGGAGGACCCGCUGGAGAUGGAAAGGAGCUUGCAACUGCGUAAGCAUGCUCAGCGGGUCAUGGGUGCCAUUAACACUGUGGUGGAGAAUCUCAGUGACCCAGAGAAGGUCUCCUCCAUCCUGGCCCUGGUGGGCAAGGCCCAUGCCCUCAAGCACAAAGUGGAGCCUGUCUACUUUAAGAAACUCACUGGUGUCAUGCUGGAGGUAAUUGCUGAAGAAUACGCCGAUGACUUCACCCCGGAGGUGCACAGUGCUUGGACCAAGAUGAAAACCCUCAUCUACACCCACGUGACGGCGGCGUACAAGGAGGUGGGCUGGGCGCAGUACCCGAACGCCACCCUAUGAGCGGACACUGGGGAAGGGCAAGGGGCAGGGAGGGAUUUGCUCGCACCAGGACUUCACUCUGGUCUCUUCAAGAUCUUCACUCAAGUCUGGGGAGCCCGAUGGGGCCAGCUCUGUUAGCUGCCAAAUCAAAAUUUGAUCUCCGAGGGGUUGAAAAACAAAAUAAGCCCCCCCCCCCAAAACAAAACAAAACAAACCCCCAAAGAGAGUGUAGGCGGGUCAGGGUGAAGCAGUAGCAGGGAAUGUUGGAAGAGGGGAAAGAGCUGAUCGUUGGCUCCGUCUUACAGCCCUGGCCUGUCAGUCACCGCCUUCCCAAACCUUGUGCCUCGCUUAUACCAUCUCUGAGAAACUCACUUGCACAAAUCCUGCUGCAAGGCAGUGAUGGGCCCCGUUUACCGAUGAAUGAAAUGACCCUUGUUUUCUGCGCAAAGCCCCCGGGUAAACCUCGCUCCUUGCUUUUUGGGGCUGCGAGGCUUAUCGGGACCGCAGUUUGCUCUCCUGCCCAGCCGGCAGUGAAAAUGCUUUGCUUUGCCUGCACUUCCUCCGCUCGCCUCCCAGGAUGGCAAACCUGGAUUCGCCAGGGCUGCAGCCGGAGCAGCCCAUCACUGUACAUCACUGGUCCAGCAGCAGCACUCAUUUCUCUUCAUCCAAAGUCCAGCUUCUUGGCUAUCUGUUGCAAGCUGUCCUGGGGACAGGAGAGAUGUGCUGCUCAUCUCCAGUGCGAGAGCAGGGAAGGAGGGGACCCGUCUGGGGCAGCUGCCCCUCGUCUGUCUCCCCUUAGCUCCUCUGGGUUUGCCUCAGAGGCAGGGACCCGUGUGCAAAUCAGCUUGGGCAGCGUGCAUUACGCUUUGGCCGCUGCCCGCUGCUCCAGGAGCUCGUGUGUGUUGGUCCCUCUGUCUGGCAGCCAGGAGAAGGGAGAUGGAGGGAUGUAAAGCCAGGGUGCCCCUCCUUGCCUUGCAAGGAGGGAAAUUCAGGCUGGCCUCGGGAGAGGCAAAGAUGAAGCGAGUGUACUAGGACAGAUUCCUGGGUGUGAUGAAAGGUCUCCGCUCUGUUAAAAUAAAUAAAUCCCUUGUUAUGCAGAACAUAUUCCUGCCUUGAUGAAACUGGGUUCCUUCAAAUAAAGUGCCUGGUAGAAAUCUUUCCAUGCAGGAUGCUGCUCGCAUCCUCAUGGAACAUCAAUCCUCCUGCCCGGUCCUGGCAAAGGGCUCUGUGACCCCAGUGAGCUGCAGCUGCAGCGGGAGCAGUGCGGUCACAGCGCUCUCCCUGCCUCCAGCACUGGCUCUUCCUGAAGCUUUGGGCAAGUCUGCUUAUUUUCGCUGCCUCAGUUUCCCCUUUAGUUAUUGAAAGAGAGGAGGGGAUAGCCACAUCUGGGCUCUCACACACAGACUCUAUUUUAUAGGAUGCUCUGGGGAGUGAUGGGUGAAAGUCUGGGGACAAAACAUGAAGCCUGCUAGGAUGCUUUGGUAUCCUUGCCAUCGGGUAUUCCUCAGUGGCACCCUAAAAUGCCUCAGCUACAUCUUCUAGCUCAAAUGUUAAAAGUAAUGUUACUUAUUCAAAGUGAGUGGGAGAGCUCCAUUCUUCUGAGAUUUCUUCUGGCCUCCAACCACUACCGCUCUUGAAAGCAGCUGCCUUCUGGGGGAGAGCGGCUCCUCUCCUGGAUGUUGACUCAGUGUCUGGUUCUGCUCCUUGCCUGAGAUAAUGUUGCUGUUCCCUGCAAAGCUGAAAUUUUCUUGUAGUAGGAUGCAGAAAGCUGCCACUGGCCAUGUGUGGGUCUUGAGAGGCUGCAGGGACUGGUCUCGUGCAAGUCCCCAUCCUGUAUUCAGGAGUCCUCCCAUGAUGAGUGGAGCUAAAUCACACUCGGUGGGGGCCUGGGACAGGAUGCCUUUGGUGUGUUGGAGUCCUCUGGGAAAAAUCGAGUGAAAUGAUGUGAUCUGAAGUUGCAGACAGCCCAAUGUCCAUCUCCCAGAUGAAGGCAAGGCAGGGACAGUGACUCCCUCUCAUUUUUGACUCGUUCUUCCAGCUGCACCCCUUUGGCCCAACUCUUUCUUCUUUUGCUUGCUAUUUUGCCAUUUAAUUUCCAGCAAUGUUACCUGCCAGAGUAACACCCACCUGAGACUCUCCUUUCCAUGCCCUGGCAGGAUGCGGCCUCUCUGCCACUUGGGUGGCCCCAAAAGCCUCUUGACCCUCUCCCAUUUGUACCAGCCCUUCAGUGAGCAAGGGAGAGCACUGGGCUUCUUCAGUCAAGAAGCUCCUUUGAGCAGGGAGAAGGAUCAAAUCCUUUAUCUCAAGCACUCCAAGGAUCUAAUUCUUACUGUUUCUUACCUCAUUUGCCUGCUGAACGGUUGUUUCCCAUCGUUCUUGUCCUUGUUUUUUUUUUCUUUUUUUUCUUCCUUUUUUUUUUUUUUUUUUUUUUUUUGCCUUCAAAACUAGUAUGGUCACUGCGUGCCUCUGUCCUAGACCCAGGGUGAGCUGCUGCUUGGAGGCAGUAUUACAUACGGUGAGUUUUGCCAGAGAGCCACCUCUCCCCCUUCUUCCUCCAGCCGUGCAGCCCAGCAGCUCUUCCUCCUCUCCACAACUAGCCUUGCCCUAGAGCAGGGUGCUUGGGAGAGGGCAUCUUUCCCUUUUGUGCCCAUCUCUCCGUUCCUCUGCGCCCUGCUUUACAUGGCUGGAGUUUGUCCCAUCGCCUGGCUGUGGGCAACGGGGAAUUUGUAGCAUAACCUAAGCUACUUGGCCGUGUUCCCCAGGCGUCACCACGGCGCUCUGUUGCCUUCCUCUGCUCGCACCCGUUUUUGCUGCGCAGAACCUGGCUGCAGGGCUGCAAGGAAACCCCCAGAGUAAGAGUCUUCAGGCCUCUUGGAAACGGCCUCCCUUGUGGAGCAAGGAAUAACAGCUCUGCCAAGGAAAGGAGGAGGUUUUCCAAAUCGAACAGUGAGCAGGAUCACAAACUCCUCCUGCCUCUUCCAGGGACUGGAUCCUCCCAGGUUCCUUGUGAUCUGGGCCCGGGACUGGUAGGAAAACUAGCCCCGUUGCAGUUGUGCUUUUGCCUUGUGGCUCUUUCCUCCUCGUGUCCCGUAGCUAGGAACGAGCUGAUAGAGGAGGUCCAGCUGGGAGCUGCCCUCCCGGAGUGGCCUGGGCAUAACUAACGGGAAUAGCGGCUUGGGGUACAGCUGUCCAGCUUCCCUUGCCGUGGCAGCACGCGACUGCUGCCUGGUGAAAGGGCUGCGAAUGAGGAAGGGAUGGGUGCACGGUGACUUUGCUGGGGCAAGGCUAUAACUCAGAGCAUCAGCUUCACCCCAGAUCCAGCCCACCCACCUGCACGCAUGAGGGUGCCGGCAGCUGGCACCUCUGGCCCGUGGCUGCUCAUCGCUCGCACCCUCUGCAGAGAUGUCUUUCAAAUGCCAGCUGGCUGGUGUCAGGGCUAGACCCAUGCAGAUGGGCAAGGACCUGCGAAAUCAUUGAGCUUGUGCCGGCGUGAGAGCAGAGCGUGAGCGUUGGGAGCGCAGAAGUCGGGGUUUCUGCCCGCUCGCUGGGUAGCUUCCCCGAUUCCUGCCCAAACCUCGAUGGUGGCAGCUUGGUUUUUCUGAGGAGUUCCUGCGCUCUGCAGGCUGUGCACGCAUGGGGCCAGGUCAGAACUGGGGCAUUUCAUAUUUAGGCAAAGUGCAUGCAUUAACCUUGGAGGUGAACGUGCUCUAGGAGGAAAUUUUGGUUUUCAGUGGAAAUCCUUCCUCUCCUCUCCCUCCACGCUGGGCUCAGAUGGAGCCCGGCAGAGGUUAGCAGCAAUCCCGCUGGCUUUAAAGAAAUGAGGGCCGCUUCCCAUGGCUGGGCUUGGGGACAGAGCUACUGCCCCCAGCAAGGGAAUCGGGGCUGCCUCCGUCGGCUCGAGGGCAUCGCAGCGGCCGAGGGAAGCCCCAGAGUCGGAGCAUGUUUGAAUGUGGCUUAGUUUCUUCUUAGUUUCUUUCUUUUUUUUAUUAUUUUUAUUUUUUUAUUUUUUUUCAUCUCUAGACAAACCGGCCCUCCCAAACCCCCAGACAACCAUGUUCCAUGACCGUGUGUGUCUGCGUGCACACCCGUGUAUGCUGGGCUUGUUUUUUUUUUUUUUUUUUUCCAAGCAUAGUUUUCUAAAUCAAAUCCAGAUGUGUACAGCUGCUGUCCCUCGAGGAUCCCCUCCAUCAGCCAAAUUGCAGACCAUUCAAAUAUAUGCAAACAAAAACAUGUUUAUUUUUACCGGCUCUGUAGGAAGUAAAAUGAAGCGGGGAGGGCAGCCAGGGGCGAGUUUGCUAAGGGAAUAGAGAGAGAGAGAGAGAGAAAGCAAACGCCCCCUCUUAGCUGCCCUCAGCACGGAGCAGGCAUUGCUUAAACUGAGAAACCUCAUCUGAGAGAUGAAAACGUACAGAAAAAGGAAAAACUAUCAUUCCAAAGUGACAGAGGGAUGAAAAAUGCAGUGUGCAUGAGCAGAAAGGUCUCGGACAGGUCUUGGCUCCGAGCGUGGCUCUCUCGCACGCCCGUGCACAUGCGUGCGCAGCUGCUCCCUGUUACGGCACAGGCAUCUGGUUUGCAUCCAGGCUGGUCGCAGCCAACUGGGGAUUCAUUUAUCAGCUCUUCCCACUGGGCCCCGCUCACCGGAGCACGGCGUUUCGCCUCCCCGAGCAGCCCCUCCGGGCCCUGGUGCGGCCGCGCCGCGAUGGGGCCGCUGCCCGCGCGUGCCCGCGGCUCGGCUUUGCCGUCCGCGGUGGCGGCGGGUAGGAACCAACUUGCAGAACGAUCCCUCCCCAAACUCCCGGGCGAGCAGCAGCUCGAGGCACUGUGGCGGCUCAGCCGGAGCGACUGCAACGCUGCUCUUAGCUCUGCUCGCCCUCGCACGCGCCCCGGGAGGCCACGCUGUCACCAAGGAGGGAUCUGGCCUCUCUGCUCCAGGGAGGUUUGGUGCCCUGCAGCAGUGGAAGGGCCAGGCGGGGACCAGUGUCCGGGGUAGGAACAUCUCUGAAGCUCCUGGCCAGUCCCAGGGUGGACGCUGAGUCAACGGGGUGGGAUUGGGCUGAGCACAGGUAUCCUCGGGGUAGAGUCUAGACCCAGCUCUCCCUAGGGACCCCGGCUCGGAUCGGCUCGCGUUGGCCCAUCCGAAGGUCAACGCCGCGCGUGGUCCGGUGGAGCUCAGCGCUGCAGGGAGAGCGAAGCGUUAGGCGCAGGCUGAGGCAAAGACCUGACCCCUCUCCGCCUAGACUUACAGCUAGCACGUAAAAUAUAUAUAUCUCCAUAUAUACGUAUAAAUCUAGAGAAAUAUUCUGAAGCCACCAGAGACGUUUGGACAAGGAGCCCUUAAGGACCUUGCGCCACCUCCGCCGCCUUCGCUCACGGUGGUCCCGGAUCCCGCGGCCGGGCUAGCCGAACUCGCGGGCCGGCGGGGAAGCGCUGCCGCGUUUCUGCCGCGUUGGCUCCCCGCGAGCCGGUCGGGGGGCUCUCGGCGUCCCUCCGCUCCCCGGGGACGCCCUCAGUGGCUUCGGGGGGCACCGGGGCUCGGCCUUCCCUGCCCGCCGCCGUUGGAAAUCGCCCCGUCGUGCUGGCGUCGGCGCGAGGACCGUCGCCGGCGGCAGCGGAAAGGAAGGCAGAUGCUGGUGAGGAAGGGGGAGGAAAAAUAUUAACUAAGCUCGGGCCGACUUAGCAGAGAGAGAGGGAUAAAAUUACCCGCGUGGGCCUGACCUGUUUAACAGACUGUGCCGCUAACUAUUUUCCAUAGCCGAAGUUGUCUCUGAUCGUUAGUACGUCUCCAGCCGGUCCCACAGCGACCCGCGGACGUGAGCCAGCGUGGUCCGAUGUAACUCUGUGUCUUUACUGUUAGCGAUGCUGCUGCGGAUGCUGUUCAUGUACGUGUUCCUCGGCGCUUCCGUGCUGGUUUUAUACAUGCCGUUUCGUGUACCAUGGAUGUAACUGUUUUUCUUUUUGUAGGUUUUUAGUAUGUUUGUAACCGGACAGAAUGGUGUUAUUAAACUGAAACUUGUAUCUUCGGUGGAUAAAUCGCUCAAACCGCU